UGAAACACUCUCAAUACGGAAGAGAAACAACGAAAACAAAUAAUCGUUUCAUAUUGUUGUCGGUGAAGACGCCCAGAAGAACCUUAAACUCCCGUGAUAAAAGCCUCGUCAACGACAAACCUUGUACACGAUGGAAUUCAUUUUUGGUAAGAGAAAGACUCCUGAGGAGAUACUGAAGCAGAAUCAGAGGGCACUCAAUCGCGCUAUUAGAGACCUUGACCGGGAACGAUCGAAACUUGAACAACAGGAGAAGAAGAUCAUCGCUGACAUAAAGAAAAUGGCCAAACAGGGACAGAUGGACGCUGUCAAGAUCAUGGCCAAGGAUUUGGUUCGCACGAGACGCUACGUCAAGAAGUUCAUCAUGAUGAGAGCGAACAUCCAGGCUGUUAGUCUCAAGAUACAGACGCUCAAGUCCAACAACAGUAUGGCACAGGCUAUGAAAGGUGUCACCAAAGCCAUGGCUACCAUGAACAGACAGCUCAAACUGCCUCAGAUUCAGAAGAUCAUGAUGGACUUUGAGCGUCAGAGUGAAAUCAUGGAAAUGAAGGAGGAUAUGAUGAAUGAUGCCAUCGAUGAUGCCAUGGGGGAUGAGGAUGAUGAAGAGGAGAGUGAUGCCAUCGUGUCCCAAGUGCUGGACGAGCUGGGUCUGAAUCUGUCUGACGAACUGUCGAGUCUUCCGGCGCCUGGGGGAAGCCUGUCGGUGGCUGGAGGAAAGAAGGCAGAGCCUCAGGCCGCACUGGCUGAUGCGGACGCUGACCUGGAGGAGCGACUUAACAACCUACGGAGAGACUGAACAGGACACACAGUAUCUGACAGAUGGGGGUUUGUCAACAAAGAUACAAACACACUCCUGUGUGUGUCUGUGUCCAGAGUGUAUAGAGGGCGGGACACUUUUUGUUUUGGUGUUUUUUAUUUUCCAUUCUGUGUAAAUACUAAUUAUACCAGACAUGUCAGUUUCCCAAUCUAAAUAGACACUAAUGACAAAAAAACAGCCCAAAUAUAAGGUUAUAUUACAGAACUAGUCAUUUUUAUGUAGAGCAUUUUUUUGUAUAUCAGUCAUGCUUUUUAGCAUCAUCAUUGUCAUCAGAGAUUAGGCCAAUACGAUACUCAGUCUGUAUCAGUCCAAAAUGACUGGAUUCGAUAUUUUCCAUAAACCCUGAAUAAAACUGCCGUCAUGUGACCAGCACCUGAGAAAGGGCUGCAUGUCUGCCACACUGCCACUGCAGUCAGCUUUCAGCUGUGAAGGCUUUCUUUAUGCUAAAAAAAAGCCUAAGCCGAGUGGAAUUUUGUUUGUGGACAUUUUCAAUAAAAAUAAGUAGCAGGAUUUGUGGAAUAUCUGUUUCUUCUUUUAUUGGGGUACAAUAUUUGGUCCACAAUUGGAGAAUUUUUAAAAUCUUAGUGGUUUUGUUUUAAAGGGAUACAAGAAAAACUGUAUCGGACUGAUAUCUGUAUCGGUAGGUCCACAUGAAAUAUAAAUAAAAUAUACAGUUUAGGUCAGAGAGAGAAGCUUUCCAUUGGUUUUGUGUGUGUGAGACGGCAGGUUAGGGUCUGGCUGAAGAACAGAUUCAGAUGGUGCAUUGUCUCACUAUUAUCUCAACCUUUCUGUGUAAAUUUACCAUUAGGAAGGUUUAUUUUACAAAAAUGUAUGGAUGAAAAAAGACUGAAAGAAGUAUUUUGAGCCGACUCCUCAUCUACAUGGUUACUCUUUAGCUGCUUUCAGUCAUGCACUGAGCUGUACAUGUGAAAUCAAAUAACCGCAGAAGUUGCUCGAGACAUUCUCUGCAAAUUCUCAUGUGAGCUCCCCAUUUUAAUAUCUGUAUAAUGUCCCAAGUUCAUGUGAGAACGCAGCAGGGGAAUGCUGCCUCCUGCAGGCCAGAUGCUACCCCCUCACCUGGAUCCUGUGGAAAUUCUUACAACUGUUGUGUUCAUCGUGUGAACGUCAAAUUAGAAUUCAUGUCUGAAAAUGCCCUUUUUUUCUUUACUUAAGCUGGAUUUUCACCAAAGUACUAAUGAGUUGGGUGUUUUUUUGUUUUCUUGAUAAACUGUCCUGAUUUUCUUCUGCCUUUAUUCAGUAAACAUUUUUUUUCCAAGA